UAUCGAUGAACAAGUCAGUGGUUUCAUCAACUGGUAGACCUUUAUAUGCAACUUUCGUCUUUUCUACCGUUGUAGGUUCUUUUGGUUGAGGGCUAACUUCAGACGCAGGCUGGGUUUCAACAGAAACUGGUUCUUCGUCUUCAAGUGACAUUCCUCCUUCAUCUAGGACACCGAGGAACAAGUCAGUAGUUUUAUCAACUGGUAG